CUGACCAGCAGGGGGCCAGUGGUGAAACAUAGGUGGAAUCGAAAUCCGAAGGUCUCCCUUCCAGAAGUCAACCAAUGUGGCCAGCCAUAUGACGUCCCGGCCUGGCCAAAAGCCUUCCCCCGUCCUAAUCCCCAAUUCCUCAGCGCUUUCGCGACAAUGGAUCAGCCCGACUCCCCGCCGGCCGCUCCGAUCAUCUCGGACUGGGUCCGGUUCAACGACGCCGUGACGCCCCUCACGCUCACGGCGGACGGCAGGGUCGUCUGGGCAGAGGGCGGCCAUCGGGCCCUGAGGGUCGAGAAGGAGGUGCUCGGGUUCGCGGCGGAGGGGUCCAGGAUAAGGAUCAAGGCCGCCGUCGACUUGGACGGGGCAGUGUGCUGCCCCGGUCCCUCCAGAGGCGGAGGAGAGGGGCUGGUCAGGAGGGAGCUGGUGUUCGAGCCCUUGUCGGGCGAGUCCCUCAGCCUCUGGUGCAAGAAGCUUCAGGAUUACAUGGACAAUCUCGGCCGUCCAAAGAGGCUUUUUAUAUUCAUGAACCCUUUCGGAGGGAAGAGAAUGGCUCCUAAGAUAUUUUCAAACGAAGUGAAGCCGCUUCUUCAAGAUGCUGGCAUUGAAUUUGAUAUUCAAGAAACCAGAUAUCAGUUGCAUGCCAAAGAAAUUGCUCGCUCUAUUGAUCUAUCAAAGUACGAUGGCAUUGUCUGUGUGAGCGGAGAUGGAAUUUUGGUUGAGGUAGUGAACGGGUUGCUUGAAAGGGAUGACUGGAAGGCUGCAAUAAAGAUGCCCCUAGGGGUGAUACCUGCAGGUACUGGUAACGGAAUGGCGAAGUCUCUUCUCGACUCAGUUGGCUUACCCUGUAAAGCAUCUUAUGCUACUCUUGCCAUUAUUCGAGGCCACAAACGAUUACUUGAUGUGGCCACAAUUUCACAGGAGGACAAGAAAUUUUUUAGUGUUCUGAUGCUUGCAUGGGGCCUUAUUGCAGACAUCGACAUUGAAUCUGAGAAGUAUAGGUGGAUGGGAAGUGCUCGUAUAGAUUUCUAUGCGAUUCAACGUGUACUGCACCUGAGGCGAUAUGAUGGGCAGGUCUCUUUUGUGCCUGCACCGGGAUAUGAAAAUCAUGGAGAGCCUGCAAGAUAUAGUGGAGAACAGAAUGUCCAAAGUAAAGGUCACGGAGAAGAACCGGUUCAGGUCCUUUGCAAUGCCUAUCGUGGGCCAGAUAUCAAGUUAGAGGAGUUGAGCUGGAGGACCAUUGAUGGACCGUUUGUGUCGAUUUGGCUUCACAAUGUUCCUUGGGGCGGCGAAGACACUAUGGCUGCUCCAAAAGCUGAGUUUUCAGAUGGUUAUAUGGAUCUGAUUGCUAUACGCGAUUGCCCGAAGUUAGCGCUGCUGUCGUUGAUGACUGAGUUGAGCAAGGGGGGUCAUGUUAAAUCACCCCAUGUCGUGUACAUUAAGGUCAAAGCAUUUGUCUUAGAGCCCGGUCCACGCACUGAUGACCCCACCAGGCAAGGCAUCAUAGACACGGAUGGUGAAGUAUUAGCUCGAGGGAAGGGAACAUAUAAGUCGGACCAGGAAACGUUAAUGUCCUAUGGCAGGCUACAGAUAACGGUUGAUCAAGGUUUGGCCACACUGUUUUCCCCUGUAUAGUGUGUGCGCGUAUCCGUGACUGAGGAUUUUUUCUCCUAACAUCAUCACCAGUGUCUCUGGAAGAGGAAUUCCAAAGGUUCUUGUACUUAUUUUUCAUGCGUUGGAUCGACCUGUACAGAAUAAAUUAUUUCCUUCCAACCAGGUUUCCUUGUGCGGGGGAACGGGAGAGUUUUGAGAUCAUUGAUACAUUUGGACGAGACUUAAUGUUAUAAAGAGCACAUUUUCUUAUUUUUAA